AACGGAGGAGAUUGAGAAGAGAAUAACAUGAUAACAGAUGACAUAGAGGGACAUCGAAUCAGGUCGAUGGACUUCUUAAAGCUUUUCAAGAGAGGAUGUAUUAGAUGCGGUCCAGAGGACUUUUUCCAAGCUAAAAAAAUGAGGAUUAAAACUGGAGUUAUAUUUUGGAAUCUCGUAUUUUUUACGAUGGUCACGUGUGCGCGAGGUUUCAUAUAUACGUGUGGUGGGAUGCUGAAAGGUCGUAAUGGCACCAUUGAAAGCCCAGGUUUUCCGUAUGGGUACCCCAAUGGGGCUAACUGUACAUGGGUUAUUGUAGCAGAGGAGGGGAACCGAAUUCAAAUUGUCUUUCAGUCCUUCGCUGUGGAGGAGGAGUAUGACUUUUUAUCGCUUUACGAUGGACAUCCUCAUCCGGUGAACUUCAGGACGAGGUUAACAGGAUUCUCGAUCCCUCCACCAGUCACGAGCACGGGGUCCGUCUUCUCCCUGCGUCUUACCAGUGACUUUGCUGUGAGCGCCCACGGCUUUAAAUUAUACUAUGAAGAACUGCAGAUCAGUGCCUGUGGAAACCCUGGGGUUCCGCCCAAAGGCAUCCUGGUAGGGACACGCUUUAACGUGGGAGACCAGAUUCGCUACAGCUGUGUGACCGGGUACGUCCUGGACGGGCACCCACAGCUAACCUGUGUCACCAACGCGGAGAAAGGCGCUGUGUGGGACUUCCCUGUGCCCAUCUGCAGAGCUGAGGACACAUGUGGUGAUACUCUGAGGGGUUCAAGUGGCAUCAUUUCAAGUCCCAAUUUCCCGAGUGAAUAUUACAAUAGUGCGGACUGUACGUGGACCAUACUUGCUGAUCCUGGAGACACCAUCUCCAUCAUUUUUACAGACUUCCAGACGGAGGAAAAAUAUGACUACUUGGAAGUGGAAGGAUCAGAGCCUCCGACAAUAUGGUUAUCUGGGAUGAAUGUCCCGUCUCCUAUUGUCAGCAACAAGAACUGGCUGAGGCUACACUUUGUAACUGACAGUAACCAUCGAUACCGGGGCUUUAGCGCCCAUUAUCAAGUGAAAAGGUCCGUAGACUUUAAAUCUAGAGGAGUAAAAUUAUUCCCAGGCAAAGACAACAGCAACAAGUUUUCUAUCUUGAAUGAGGGGGGCAUCAAGCAGGCGUCCAACUCUUGUCCCGACCCGGGGGAGCCAGAGAACGGCAAAAGGAUGGGCUCCGACUUUAGCAUAGGGGCUACCGUCCAGUUCCUCUGUGAUGAGGACCAUGUGCUGCAGGGCUCCAAGACCAUCACCUGUCAGAGAGUGGCCGAGGUGUUCGCUGCCUGGAGUGACCACCGCCCCGUCUGCAAAGUGAAAACAUGCGGCUCUAAUCUUCAAGGUCCUGCUGGUACAUUCACUUCUCCCAACUUCCCCAUCCAGUAUGAGUCCAACGCACAGUGUGUCUGGAUUCUCACCGCCACCAACCCCAACAAGGUCAUUCAAAUCAACUUUGAGGAGUUUGACCUGGAGAUUGCCUACGACACGCUAACCAUCGGUGAUGGCGGGGAAGUGGGUGACCCCAAGACGAUACUACAAGUUCUCUCAGGUAGCUUUGUCCCUGACCUCAUCGUCAGCAUGACCCAUCAGAUGUGGCUCCAUCUCCAAUCAGACGAGAGCGUGGGCUCCAUAGGCUUCAAGAUCAACUUUAAAGAGAUCGACAAGGAGAGUUGUGGGGACCCUGGUACGCCCCUCUAUGGAAUAAGGGAAGGGGACAGCUUCCUGAAUGGGGGCAUCCUGCGCUUUGAGUGUCAGUUUGGGUUUGAACUCAUCGGGGAGAGGACCAUAGCAUGCCAGAACAACAACCAGUGGUCGGCCAACAUCCCCAUGUGCAUCUUCCCAUGCCUGUCCAACUUCACAGCGCCAAUGGGCACAGUCCUAUCACCCGACUACCCAGAAGGCUACAGCAACAACAUGAACUGCGUGUGGCUGAUCCUAUCGGAACCCGGCAGCCGCAUCCACCUGGCCUUCAACGACUUUGACCUGGAGGCGCCUUACGACUUCCUCACCGUGAAGGACGGCGAGCUGCUGGACGCCACCGUCCUGGGACGCUUCUCGGGGACCGAGUCCCCCUCCCACCUCGACAGUAACACUAACAUACUGAGGCUAGAGUUCCAGGCCGACCACUCCAUGGCCGGACGAGGGUUCAACAUCACCUACAGCACGUUCGGCCACAACGAGUGUCCCGACCCGGGCAUCCCGAUAAAUGCGAGGCGCUUCGGGGACAACUUCCAACUGGGCAGCUCCAUCUCAGUGAUCUGUGAGGACGGCUUCAUCAAGACCCAGGGGUCCCAGACCAUCACCUGUGAGCUGGACAACGGCAAGGUGAUGUGGAGCGGACCCAUCCCUAAAUGUGAAGCCCCCUGUGGAGGCCACUUCUCCUCUCCCAGUGGGGUAAUCCUGUCCCCAGGGUGGCCUGGAUACUAUAAAGGCUCCCUCAGCUGUGAGUGGGUCAUCGAGACCGAGCCCGGACGCUCCAUCAAGAUCACCUUUGACAAGUUUCAGACAGAGCUGGGCUAUGACUUCUUGGAGAUCCACGAUGGGCCCAACCUGCUCUCUCCUCUGGUCGGCUCAUUCAACGGUACCCAGGUGCCCCAGUUCCUGUUCAGCAGUACUAACCACCUGUACAUGCUCUUCACCACCGACAACAGCCGCUCCAACAGUGGAUUUAAGAUCAUCUAUGAGAGCGUGACCGUGGACACCUACUCCUGCCAGGACCCGGGCUUCCCGGUCAACGGGUUGCGUUACGGUCAAGACUUCACCAUCGGUUCGACUGUGUCGUUCGGCUGUGACCCUGGAUACAGGCUAAGCCACGAGGAACCUCUGGUCUGUGAGAAAAACCACUGGUGGAGCCACCCUCUGCCCACCUGUGAUGCGUUGUGUGGAGGGGACGUGCGAGGGCCCGGCGGCACCAUCCUGUCUCCUGGAUAUCCUGAGAUGUAUCCCAGCUCACUCAACUGUACCUGGACUGUGGAGGUCAGCCAUGGCAAAGGAGUCCAAUUCACCUUCAACAACUUCCACCUGGAAGAUCACCAUGACUACCUGCUCAUCACAGAGAAUGGAAGCUUCAUCCAGCCCCUGGCACGCCUCACGGGUAAUGAGCUGCCCUCCCACACCAAUGCAGGGCUCUACGGGAACUUCAAGGCCCAACUGCGAUUUAUAUCUGACUUUUCUAUAUCCUACGAGGGAUUCAAUAUUACCUUCUCUGAGUACAACUUGGAGCCUUGUGAGGAUCCGGGGAUGCCCCAGUUCGGCCGGAGGAACGGCUACAGCUUCAGCAUCGGGGACACCCUGACGUUCUCUUGCAACAUGGGCUACCGACUGGAGGGGGUGCCAGAGAUCAUCUGCCUUGGAGGGGGGAGGCGCAUGUGGAGCGCACCUCUGCCUAGGUGUGUGGCCGAGUGCGGUUCGUCAGUCAUAGACAAUGAGGGGAUCAUGUUGUCGCCAAACUACCCGAUGAACUACGAGAACAACCAUGAGUGCAUCUACAGCAUCCAGGUGCAGGCUGGGAAGGGAAUCAACAUCUCUGCCAGGACCUUCCAUCUGGCCCAGGGGGACAUUCUCAAGAUCUAUGAUGGUAAAGACAGCACUGCUCAUGUCCUGGGGGCGUUUACAGGCUCAGCCAUGCUGGGUCUCACCCUCAUCAGUACCUCAAACAACCUGUGGCUGGAGUUCUACUCUGACCCGGAGUCCACCGGAGAGGGCUUCAAGCUGGUCUACUCUAGCUUCGAGCUGUCCCACUGCGAAGACCCUGGAGUGCCCCAGUUUGGCUUCAAGGUCAACGACCAGGGACAUUUCUCUGGCAGCACCAUCACCUACAGGUGUAACCCUGGUUACACCUUGCACGGCAGCAGAGUGCUCAAGUGUAUGACCGGAGAGAGACGUGCCUGGGACAACGCCCUGCCCUCUUGCAUUGCUGAAUGUGGAGGAAAGUUCACAGGCGAGUCGUCAGGACGUAUACUGUCCCCAGGAUACCCGUUCCCUUACGACAACAACCUCCGUUGCACCUGGAUCAUUGAGGUGGACUCUGGCAACAUCGUAAGUCUGCAGUUCCUGGCCUUCGACACCGAGGCGUCACAUGACAUCCUGAAGGUGUGGGACGGUCCUCCUGAGAAUGAGAUGUCCCUGAGGGAGGUGUCUGGCUCUCUGCUUCCCGAGGGGAUACACAGCACCCUCAAUCUGGUUACCAUCCAGUUCGAGACCGACUUUUACAUCAGCAAGUCCGGAUUCGCCAUCGAAUUCUCAAGUUCAGUGGCCACCGCCUGCAGAGACCCGGGGGUCCCCAUGAACGGCAGUCGUAAUGGGGAUGGACGAGAGCCGGGUGACACUGUCACCUUUCUCUGUGAUCCUGGGUACGAGCUCCAGGGAGAGAUGAAGAUUACCUGUAUCCAGGUGGAGAACCGCUACUACUGGCAACCCAGCCCUCCUGUCUGCAUAGCCCCCUGUGGAGGAAACUUGACUGGAUCCAACGGCUUCAUCCUGUCUCCCAACUUCCCCCACCCCUAUCCCCACAGCAAGGACUGUGAUUGGCUAAUAGCUGUCAACUCGGACUAUGUUCUAUCGCUGGCCUUCGUCAGUUUCAGCAUUGAGCCUAACUAUGACUUCCUGUAUAUCUACGAUGGGCCAGACAGCAACAGCCCUCUGAUUGGCAGCUUUCAGGACAGCAAGCUUCCAGAGAGAAUCGAGAGCAGCUCCAACACCAUGCACCUGGCCUUCCGCAGCGACGGCUCCGUCAGCUACACCGGUUUCCACCUGGAAUACAAAGCCAAGCUGCGUGAGUCCUGCUUCGACCCAGGCAGUGUGAUGAACGGGACCAGGCUGGGCAGCGACUACAAGCUGGGGUCCACUGUGACGUUCUACUGCGAGCCGGGCUACGUUCUCCAGGGCUAUUCCACUCUCACCUGUAUCAUGGGGGACGACGGCAGGCCCGGCUGGAACAGGGUUCUACCCAGCUGUCAAGCACCGUGUGGGAGUCGUUCCACAGGGUCAGAGGGCACCGUGCUGUCUCCUAACUUCCCCCGCAACUACACCUCAGGACACAGCUGUGUGUACUCCAUCUCCGUGCCACGAGAGUUCGUGUUGUUCGGGCAGUUUGUCUUGUUCCAGACGUCACUCAAUGACGUGGUGGACAUUUAUGACGGGCCCACGCAGCAGUCUCCACUCCUGUCUUCGCUCUCUGGCUCCCACUCAGGGGAGUCUCUACCCUUGAGCACUGGUAACCAGAUAACCAUUAAGUUCACCACGGUCGGCCCGGAGACGGCCAAGGGCUUUCACUUUGUCUAUCAAGCUGUCCCAAGGACCAGUGCCACCCAGUGCAGUUCGGUCCCUGAGCCCCGCUUCGGCAAACGGAUCGGGAACGACUUUGCCAUGGGCGCCACAGUCCUGUUCGAGUGUAACCCCGGAUACAUCCUGCACGGUUCCACCGCCAUCCACUGUGAGACCGUCCCUGACACCUUGGCCCAAUGGAAUGACUCGCUACCCACAUGUAUUGUGCCGUGUGGAGGGACCCUGACGGCACGCAGAGGGACCAUACUGUCCCCGGGUUACCCUGAGCCUUAUGACAAUAAUCAGAACUGCGUCUGGAAGGUCUCGGUGCCCGAGGGCGCUGGUAUCCAAAUCCAGGUGGUGAGCUUUGCCUCCGAACACAACUGGGACUCUCUGGACUUCUAUGACGGAGGUGACAACCACGCUCCAAGACUGGGCAGCUACUCAGGCACCACCAUCCCUCAGUUGCUCAACAGCACAUCCAACAACCUGUACCUGAGUUUCAGUUCAGACAUCAGUGUGUCUGCUGCUGGCUUCCAUCUGGAGUACACAGCCAUAGGUCUGGAGUCCUGUCCAGAGCCACAGACCCCCAACUAUGGAAUCAGGGUUGGAGAGCGCUUCAUGGUUGGAGACGUGGUGCUGUUCCAGUGUGAACCAGGCUACUCUCUGCAGGGUAAUGCCCAUAUAACCUGUAUGCCAGGACCAGUCCGGAGAUGGAACUACCCAGUCCCACUCUGUCUUGCCCAGUGUGGUGUGUCCAUGACUGAUGUCAGCGGUGUCAUUCUGAGCCCUGGAUUCCCUGGAAACUACCCCAGUGGAUUAGACUGCACCUGGACUGUCAUACUACCUAUUGGCUUUGGAAUCCACCUGCAGUUCCUCAACUUCUCCACGGAGGCCAUUCAUGACUACCUGGAGAUUCGGAGUGGAACGCUGGAGACGGGCACAGUGAUUGACAGGUUCAGUGGACCACAUGUCCCCAAGUCCCUGUUCAGCACCACUCACCAGACUAGCCUCUUCUUCCACAGCGACUACUCCCAGAACAAGCCAGGUUUCCAGAUGACUUACCAGGCCUAUCAGCUACAGAGUUGUCCCGACCCUCGUCCUUUUCGUAAUGGCAUCGUGAUCGGCAGUGACUUCAGUGUGGGCCUCACUGUGUCCUUCGAGUGUCUGCCUGGCUACUCCCUCAUCGGAGAGGCCUCUCUCACCUGUCUGCACGGAAUCAGCCGCAACUGGAACCACCCGGUACCUCGCUGUGAAGCACUGUGUGGGGGUAACAUCACCUCCAUGAAUGGGACCAUCUACUCCCCCGGCCACCCCGAGGAGUACCCCAACUUCCAGGACUGUGUGUGGAGUGUGAGGGUUCCCCCUGGCAACGGGAUCUACAUCAACUUCACCGUGCUCAGUACAGAACCCAUCUAUGACUACAUCACUGUGUGGGAUGGUCCAGACCAGAGCUCCCCCCAGAUCGGUCAGUUCAGUGGGAACACAGCGCUGGAGUCGGUCUACAGCACCUCCAACCAGAUCCUCAUUAAGUUCCACAGCGACUUCAGCGGCAGCGGAUUCUUCGUGCUCAGUUACCAUGUAUACCAGCUGAGGAUCUGCCAAGCGCCCCCGGAUGUGGCCAACGCUGAUAUCCUCAUGGAGGACAGGGAGUUUGAAAUAGGGGACAUCAUCUGGUACCGCUGUCAUCCUGGCUUCACCCUGGUGGGGAAUGAGAUCCUGACAUGCAGACUGGGGGAGAGACUUCAGAUGGAUGGGCCUCCUCCCACAUGUCAAGUGCAAUGCCCGGCCCACGACGUGAGGUUUGACUCUACUGGAGUAAUCCUGAGUCCAGGCUACCCUGACAGCUACCCCAACCUUCAGAUGUGUAUCUGGACCAUCAAUGUAGAGAAGGGCUACAACAUCACUCUGUACUUCGAGUCCUUCCAGACCGAGAGGGAGUUCGACAUCCUAGAAGUCUUUGAUGGCCCCAGUACUAACAGCCAGACUCUGGCCACCUUCAGCGGUGACGUCUCCGCGCCCUUCAACAUCACUACGACCGGCCACCAGCUCACACUGCGCUGGUCUUCUGACCACGGAACUAACAAGAAGGGCUUCCGUAUCCGCUAUGUUGCCCUAUACUGCAGCACCCCUGACUCGCCCCUGCAGGGGUCCAUCAGCAGCCAGACUGGAGGUCACCUCAACAGCCUGGUCCGCUGGGCCUGUGACCGGGGAUACCGCCUCAUAGGGAACAGUACGGCCGUGUGCAGGAGGAACCCCUACGGAUACUUCGCCUGGGACUCCCCCGUUCCGGCUUGCCAAGCGGUGUCCUGCGGGGUGCCUAAGGCACCGUUGAAUGGAGGAGUGCUGACGGUGGACUACUCAGUGGGAACACACGUGACCUACUUCUGCAAUGACGGCUACCGCCUGUCCUCCAAAGAGCUGACCAGCGCCGUCUGCCAACCGGACGGCACCUGGAGCAACCACAACAAGAUCCCUCGUUGUUCAGUGGUGGUGUGUCCAAGCAUCGGCUCCUUCUCUCUGGAACACGGGAGGUGGAAGAUCGUGAACGGCUCCCACUAUGAGUACAGGACCAAGAUUAUCUUCAACUGUGACCCGGGCUACUACCGUCUAGGCCCCGCCCACAUCCAGUGCACGACCAACGGCGUGUGGAGUUGGAGGAAUGAAAGGCCUCACUGUCAGAUAAUUUCCUGUGGAGACCUCCCUGGCCCGCCCAAUGGGAAGAAGAUUGGUACGCAGAUGACCUUCGGGGCGACCGCCAUCUUCAUGUGUGAUGCAGGGUUCAUGUUGGUGGGCUCUACCGUGAGAGAAUGUCUCCCCUCUGGACUGUGGAGUGGACAGGAGACACGCUGCUUGGCGGGCCACUGUGGUAUUCCGGAGACCAUAGUGAACGGCCAGGUGAUCGGGGAGAACUUUGGGUACAGAGAGACGAUAGUGUACCAGUGCAUCCCAGGCUUCCGCCUCAUCGGCCCCUCUGUGCGGAUCUGUCUGCAGGACCACAACUGGUCCGGACAGCUGCCUUCCUGCGUGUCUAUCAGCUGUGGACACCCAGGAAGCCCCAUCUACGGGCGGGCCAUCGGUAACGGCUUCAACCUGAACGACGUGGUGAGCUUCUCCUGCAACAUGGGCUAUGUGAUGGAGGGGCCCUCGAGGGCCCAGUGCCAGGCCACGCGCCAGUGGAGCCAGCCACCACCAACGUGUAAAGUGGUCAACUGCUCCGAUCCUGGCAUCCCAGCCAAUUCCAUCAGACAGAGUAAGAUAGAACACGGCAACUUCACCUUUGGAACCGUGGUGUUCUACGAUUGCAACCCAGGUUUCUACCUGUUCGGUUCUCCGGUUCUCACCUGUCAACCCACGGGACAGUGGGACAAGCCUCUACCUGAGUGUAUCGUAGUGGACUGUGGUCACCCUGGGUGCCCUCCCAACGGCCAACUGAGCGGGGACAAGUUCACCUUCGGCUCCACGGUUCGCUACACCUGCACAGGGGGGCGGCAGCUGAAGGGCGAGUCGGCACGCACCUGCCAGCUUAAUGGCCACUGGAGCGUACCCAUGCCUUUCUGCUCAGGUGACUCCCAGGGGACAUGUGGAGACCCAGGCACCCCGUCGCAGGGCAGCAGGGAGGAGAGUAACUUCAGGAUCCGCAGUAAAGUCCAGUUCAGGUGCUCUGAGGGUUACGAGCUGAUUGGCUCAGCUGAGAGGAUGUGCUUUCCUAACGGCACCUGGUCUGGAACACAACCCUUCUGCAAACCGGUGCAGUGUGGGAAUCCGGGAACCCCCAGUAACGGCCGUGUGUCCCGGCUGGACGGCACAACCUACUCCCACUCCGUCACCUACUCCUGUAUGGAUGGCUACCUGCUGACCGGUUCCACCACACGUCAGUGUCUGGCCAACGCCACCUGGUCUGGCACUGCCCCCAACUGCACCAUGAUCAACUGUGGCGACCCUGGGGUUCCAGCCAAUGGGAUGAGAUAUGGAGAGGACUUUGCCAUUGGUCAGAACAUCACCUUCCUGUGUGCACCGGGAUACAGCAUGGAGGCCGACAGCUCUGCGGUACGCACCUGCACCUCCAACGGCACCUGGAGUGGCAUCAUGGCAUCCUGCCAAGCGGUGACCUGCGCAGCACCCUCUGCCAUCUCCAACGGAGUCCUGGAGGGUACAGACUUUGAGUGGGGCACCAGCGUGAGCUACAGUUGCUCCCCAGGUUACGAGCUGUCAUUCCCUGCCAUUCUCACCUGCGUGGGCAACGGCACCUGGAACGGAAUGGUGCCUCAGUGCCUACCCAAGUUCUGUGGGGACCCUGGUGUGCCUGCCUAUGGCUCCAGAGAGGGCCUCAGCUUCAUCUAUCAGUCAGAGGUGUCGUUCAGCUGUAGCGUCCCCUAUAUCCCGGUGGGCUCCACUACACGCUUGUGCCAGGCCGACGGCUCCUGGAGCGGAUUCCAGCCUCGCUGUAUAGAACCGACCCGUACUACCUGUGAGAACCCAGGGACACCUCGCUAUGGUUCUCUGAACAGAACCUAUGGCUUCAAGGUGGGCAGCAUGGUGGCGUUCCAGUGCCAGCUGGGUCACCUGCUCCAGGGCUCCACCACCCGGCUCUGCCAGGCUGACCUUACCUGGAGCGGCUCCCAGCCAGAGUGUAUCCCCCACUCGUGUAAGCAGCCAGAGAGCCCGGCCCAUGUGGAGGUGAUAGGGAUGGACCUGCCAGGGUUUGGUUACACCCUCCUCUACUCCUGCCAGGCUGGGUUCUUCCUGUCCGGGGGCUCGGAACACCGCGUCUGCAAGUCCGACGGUACCUGGACCGGGAAGAUGCCCAUUUGUCGAGCUGGGUCCAAACUCUCAGAGAAGCCCAUCAAGCCAGUGGUAGGGACACCCAGUCCCAAGCUGAACGUUCCUGAUGACGUCUUUGCUCCUAACUAUAUAUGGAAGGGUUCAUACAACUACAAGGGAAGAAAACAACCAAUGACUCUGAGUAUCACAAGCUUUAACACCACCACGGGAAGGGUUAACGUCUCCUUGACCAAUAGCAACAUGGAACUGCUGCUUUCGGGUGUCUAUAAGAGCCAGGAAGCACGGUUGAUGCUGCUCAUGUACCAUGUGAAAACGUCCACUCACACCACGCUGGGCAAAGUCAAGGAGGAGACGUGGUCCAUGGACGGUUUUGUGUCUGCAGAACCUGACGGUGCCACCUAUGUCUUUCAAGGCUUCAUACAGGGUAAAGACUACGGUCAGUUUGGACUGCAGAGGCUAGGUCUGAACAUGUCAGAGAGUAACAACUCCUCCAAUCCACCUCAUGGUACAAACAGUAGCUCUGUGGCCAUAGCAAUCCUUGUGCCUUUUUUCGCCCUGAUAUUUGCAGGCUUCGGGUUUUAUCUUUACAAACAGAGGACUACUCCUAAAGCCCAGUACACAGGCUGCUCCGUCCACGAGAACAACAACGGCCAGGCGGCCUUCGAGAACCCCAUGUACAACACCAGCGCCAAGUCGGUGGAAGGCAAAGCUGUCCGGUUCGAUCCUAACCUGAACACAGUCUGCACAAUGGUAUAAUGAAGUCCGCUUGGCGACUGCAUCGUUUUUUUUCUUAUUUUUGUAUCGGGGUAAAAAAAAAGAACAGGAAAAUGCUUUUGCGAAACGAGCGGAUUUCAUUGAGAUUUAGACUGGCGAUAAGAGAUGGAAGACAGUCCAGUCUAGGUGUGUUGGCCAUGGUGGAGACAGAGGUAGAAGAAACAAAUCCUCUGGUACUUAAAGCACACUCUUCAGGAACUUUGACUGGUCAUGUGUGUCGAGAAGGACACCUAUUGGAGACUGAACUGAGAACUGAGAAACAUAAAAACCCAAAUGUUCACAGUGGUCGACGAGUGACUUGGAGUUCUGACGUUACCUUAUUAUAUUGCACUCUGCGAGUGUUUCUUCUUCACAGUCGACUGGGUCUUUUUUAUCAAUUGAAAAGGAUCUGUAAAUCUUCUUCUUGCAUAUAUGAGAAGCAUUCACCACCUAUAUUUUUGUGCUAUAUAUUAUCACGUGGGAGGGGCCAAUGGCAGUGAGAUUAUAUGAAGCGUUUAUAGAAAAGAGAAGAAGAAAAUAAAAUAUUUCAAAAAUAAUUCUGUUCACAACAACAAAAAAACACAGAAGUAUUUUGGGGUUAAUUUUUAAAGUGUUAAAUCGUUUUUUUAAACAACGGUUUUGACCGUAACUCCUCUAGCUUCAGUCCCACGUUCUGUGUUUUUUCCCAACUGAGCCAAUCAGAAGUGUUUGAAGUACUGAUGUUAACUGUGAGGUGUGAAUAGAAGGGGUUUUCUGGAUUAUUUAACUCUUAUUUGCCAUUUUGGAUCAUGACCCAAAGAUCGAACUUUCCAGACAACAUUUUCAUUUGGACUUUUCAUUAUAUUGCACUUCUUUUGUUAAGAUUUUCUUUUGUUUCAAUAGUUGUUGCUCUAUUCGUUGAUGUAUCCAAGUGGGUCAUUUUUACACAGUGCCUACCAAACACCAUGUGAAUCAGGUCUGCUGCUCUUUCCUCUUCUCCUCAUCCCCCCCUGUUCCUGUCUUUCACUUUUCUAAUCUACGGCCUCAUUCCCUCUCUCCUUCACCUCACAUGACUUUAUGUGUUGCUGAACACUUAACACUGACACACCACAGCUCCAUUCCACUCAUUAGGUGCCGUGUUCUUUUUAGCCUUCAAUCUAUUUUGCCACUUAGUUUCUCCUAUAAAAUUUACUGCAAUAAAGAACCCAUACAAUUCUAGGAUUGGACUGUAAAAUUGAACUACUAUUUGCAGUACAGUACAACUGGGUACUCCUAUAUUAAAUGCAUUGAAAAUAUAUAACAAAAAAAAUAGAAAAAAUGUGAUUUAAAAAAGUGUUUUAUAAAGAAAUAUAUUUUUAUGAACAAAUUAUUUGUAAAAUGUAUGAAUCUAUUAUGUACAUUUUCAAUGCAAUGUAAGAUUAAAAAAGGCAAAUUGCUUUUGUAAA